AUGGCCCCCGUCCUUCCGCCAGAAGCGCGCGAUCAGGUAAUCGACGCAGUUUGGCCGCCUUCCGGGCUUCGCCCGCGCACCGAACCUGGCGACAACCUUCGCCAGGUGCUCUCGGCAAAUCCCGGCCUCGCCCGACACACCACGCUUCUUUUGCACCGCUCCUCCUUCCACACCUGGCCAGGAGACCGCCGAUUGGGAGGAACCCGACGUCGAGCGCUCGAGCACUGGCCCGCUCUAUUUCCCGACGUCCGCGAGCUCUCUCUCUUCGAUCCGUUCCCGUCUCCGUCCGUCAUUUCGGUUCCUUCCCUCGUCGAAACCCUUCUGGGCGCCCCCGCUUCUCUCCGCACGCUUGACCUGGGCGGCGUUAACAUGGGCACUUCCACUUUCCUGACCAUAUCGGGCCCGGGACCAUCCACACACUCUGAGGACAAGCGGAGGCGUAGUUCUCCUUAUCUCCUCCACCUGAUCGCCCAGUUCGACGCUAUUCCCUACAUCCGUGGCGACCCAGGGGUCAACCGCCCAACCAUUUCCUGUCUCCUUGAUACGUUCGUCAACGCGGGCAUUGUUCCUCCCGAGACCUUGAUGACCCUGAAUAUGCCUCAGUACUGGAAUGUUGGCCAUCGAUGGAAGGCGUUCAACUACACCUUCCCUUCUCUCGAACGUUUCGGCGUCGGUUUCAGUCACCCUCGACAUCUCGAUCUUGCCGUCGACGACGGACGUCAUCUGAACACGCGCAAGCUUCUCGAGAAGACAUCGACCGGGCGUGGUCCCCCGCUCGCCGCGACGCUCGGCGACCAUACCCGGUAUCCAGCCUUUCGACGCGUCCGGGUGCACGCGCUGCUUCCUGUUGCCUUCUCAGACACCUCCAACAACAGUCUUUUCGACGCCCCGCGCGAGAUCUGCGCUCGCCUUUUCUCGCCCUUUACGGGGACGGGAGUCGAUGUUGCCGUCGACGCGGACUGGAUGAUUGGGGAGGAUGACGACGAAGACGGGUUCGCUGAGGAUGACGAGGAUAGAAGUUAUGAAGACGACUUUGAGGGCGGAUCCGAGGAAAUAGAGUCUGAGUCGGAGGAGGAAGCAUAG